GGGAAGUCAGAAGUCGGCAAAUAUGGCCGCCACGGACUACAUCAGCCAGGCUGCGACUGCACUGGCAGCGUUGUUGCUCUUGUCCUUCGGCAGCUUGGCCGCUAGUCAGAUCGAGGAUCAAGCAGAACAAUUUUUUAGAAGUGGCCAUACAAACAACUGGGCUGUUUUGGUGUGUACAUCCCGAUUCUGGUUUAAUUAUCGACACGUUGCAAAUACUCUUUCUGUUUAUAGAAGUGUCAAGAGGCUAGGUAUUCCUGACAGUCAUAUUGUCCUAAUGCUUGCAGAUGAUAUGGCAUGCAAUCCUAGAAAUCCUAAACCAGCUACAGUGUUUAGUCACAAGAAUAUGGAAUUAAAUGUGUAUGGAGAUGAUGUGGAAGUGGAUUAUAGAAGCUAUGAGGUAACUGUGGAGAAUUUCUUACGGGUAUUAACUGGAAGGAUCCCACCUAGUACUCCUAGGUCAAAACGUCUUCUUUCUGAUGAUAGGAGCAAUAUUCUUAUUUAUAUGACAGGACAUGGUGGAAAUGGUUUCUUGAAAUUUCAAGAUUCUGAAGAAAUUACCAACAUAGAACUUGCAGAUGCUUUUGAACAAAUGUGGCAGAAACGGCGUUACAAUGAGCUACUCUUUAUUAUUGAUACUUGUCAAGGAGCAUCCAUGUAUGAGCGAUUUUAUUCACCUAACAUAAUGGCUCUAGCUAGUAGCCAAGUGGGAGAAGAUUCCCUCUCGCAUCAACCUGAUCCUGCAAUUGGAGUCCAUCUUAUGGAUAGAUACACAUUUUAUGUCUUGGAAUUUUUGGAAGAAAUUAAUCCAGCUAGCCAAACUAAUAUGAAUGACCUUUUUCAGGUAUGUCCCAAAAGUCUGUGUGUGUCUACUCCUGGACAUCGCACUGAUCUUUUUCAGAGGAAUCCUAAAAAUGUCCUGAUAACUGAUUUCUUUGGAAGUGUACGGAAAGUGGAAAUUACAACAGAGACUAUUAGUUUGCAACAGGAUUCAGAAAUCAUGGAAAGCAGCUAUAAGGAAGACGAGAUGGAUGAAGAACCAAUGGAACCUCUGAAAUAUGCUGAUCAAUUUCCUGUAGCUCAGAUAAUACACCAGAAACCAAAGCUGAAAGAUUGGCAUCCUCCUGGGGGCUUUAUUCUGGGAUUAUGGGCACUCAUUAUCAUGGUUUUCUUCAAAACUUAUGGAAUCAAGCACAUGAAGUUCAUUUUUUAGAUUCCACGAUGUAUGAAGAAGACUGCCUGGAAGACUGCAAUCUUGGAUACAAACUAAUGUCAUUAUGUGUUUUAAAAAUAUAUUGCUCUUGUGUGUUAUAAAAACAAAUGGGACAAAGAGAACAGAAUAUAGUGGUUGAUUCUUUUUGGUUAAUAGCAAUUUCCCCUUAUCCCCUUUUCAUGGAAAAGUAAAAAUUGUGAAAACAUUAAAUUCUCAUUAACAGAGGUAACUUCUGUUAGUAAUUUUUUGUAUGUCUUUCCAAUCUUUUUAUUUAUGCACAUAUUUUUUCCCCAAAAUAGUAAUUAUGUAGAAUAUACCAUUCUGUAACCUCUUUUUUUUCAUUUUAGAAUAUAUUAUUAACCCUUUACCUCUCCUUGGACAUUUUAAAAUAAUAUACUAUGAAUGGCUGCAUAGUAUCCAUUGUGUGAAUGUAUAGUAAUUUAUUUGAGAGUCUUCUAUUGUUGGACCACUCACCGUGUUCUCAAAGUCUUCCUUUGGUUCAUUCUUUAAUGUACUAAUAUUUUAUUUCUGGUCACUCAUGGAAAUCUGCAGUUUUAUUUGUAAGUAAAGAUGAAAAAUUGGUUUCUUAAUCUAAGGUACUGACAGUCUUCAGGACCUUAUUUGCUGUCAAUUUAUCUGGGGAAUUUUAGACCUCUCGGAAUUUUGUGCAUGGAUUGCUCAAGAGAAACAGACCCCAUUUCUAAGCAUUCUGUGAUCAUCUAGAAUUUGUCAUCUCUUCUUCAGUUUCUACCUUGAAAGAAACAGCCAACAAGGACUUUAUUUCAUUCUUUUUAAGAGAGAAAAGGAAUGUAGAUAUAUGGAUCCCAGCAGACAUGUUCUGACAUUUUGAAGAAGGACGGAGUAUAAUGAUACCAUCCUGCAAUGGCAGCCUGCAUGAGAAGAAGAAACCAAAUGAUGUGGAUUUUUAAGUUACAAAGGACAUUCGUUUGCAGUUUAUGAAAGGCAAAUGUAGUUUGGAUGCAAAGCUGAUUAAAUUGAAUCGAGAAAAAUUAGAAUUAAAUACAAAAAAUAAUGUAUGCACUUAUGGUUUCAAUAUUUAUAUAUUCUCAGCUAGUUGUAAAUGGUGAUUCCCACAACAAGCAUAACUCAGCUUGUUUCUGCUUACUGAGUAUUUUCUACUAUGGUGUAUGUUGAUCACGUCUUCCAUUAUGUAUGUUGUAUAGCAGAGUUACAGUUACUGUGGGAAUCAUAAUUUGAAAUUUUGACUUGUGUAUUUCUGGAAUCUUUACAACAAAUGUUGCAUUAACAUAUAACUUUUUUUUUAGUUUGUUUUUACCAAAAUUAAGUCUAUCUGUAGUAGAUACUGUUUUAACUUGUGAAAGUAAUAUUUUUUGAAACAUACCACAAGGUAUGGCUAUAAAAUAAUGAGAUUAAUAUCCAUUUUUGCUUCAUGGAAUCAGCCAUGUUGCUUCACUGGCACAUCUCAUACUUGAGGGCAUUUACCACGAAGAAAGCAUUAUCCAGUAUUGCCGUUCUGUUGCUGGCUGCCCUACCUACACUUGUACCUGCUGCUUAAACAGGAACGCCUUUCCAUUCAUGGAUAUAAUACACCUUUGUGGUAACCAGGCUUUUUUUUUUUUUUUAAUUUGUUUUAGUGCAAAAAAAUGACUGUUUUGGAAAUGUCUGUGGAAUAUUCAGUUUAAUUAAACCAUGUAGAUCCUAGAAUAACUGGAUUGAUAAAGAUGAAGGUGUAACUAAGAAACUGGUUAUUAAAAAUUCAUUUACUUCAAACAUGGAAA